AUGAAUUAUGCCUCAUAUAAAUGCCUGGAGUGUGGGAAAAGCUUCAGUUUGCGUAUACACCUUACUUCCCAUCAAAGAAUUCACACAGGGGAGAAACCUUAUCAGAGAGGACUGUGGAUAAGCUCCAGAGCCAAGAUGGAAACAAAGAAUUCAGCUGGGUCAAAAGCAGAAUGGGGCCCUGAGGCCACAGAGGCAGCGAUCAGUGGGGAAUUCUGGGAAAGGUCUGUGCAAAAUAUUCCGGAUGAGGAUGCCACCAGGUCAGUAGGAGAGGCUCAUCACUUCCAGCACGCCCGCUACCAGGAGGUCGAGGGGCCCCGAGAGGUCUGCAGCCGCCUCCACCAACUUUGCCACCAGUGGCUGAAGCCGGAAAGGCACAGCAAGAUGGAGAUCUUGGACCUGGUGGUCCUAGAGCAGUUCCUGGCCGUCCUGCCCCCGGAGAUGGAGAGCUGGGUCUGGGAAUGCCGUCCGCAGACCAGUUCCCAGGCAGUGGCCCUGGCAGAAGGCUUCCUGCUGAGCCAAGCAGAGAGUGAGAAUCAUGACCAGCAGGGGCUGUCAGAAGAGGCUGCUGGUUUCUACAAGGCAGAAAAGGGGCCGUCCGAUCCGAGGCAGAGGCCGCUCUUCUGGGGGGCCACACAGGAGAGCGAUGGAGGUGAUGGAAGGACACGGCUGGGAGGAUCUGGAGCUUUGAGACCUGGUGGUGGACGUCAGGCGGCCCCUGAGCAUCCAGAUCGGGGUCCGGUGACUCUAGAGGAGGUGUCUGUCCGUUUCAGCCAGGAGGAGUGGGCUCUGCUGGAUCCAGACCAAAGGACAUUGUACAGGGAAGUCAUGGAGGAGAAUCGCAGGAACGUGGCUUCUCUCGAGCAUGAGAGGAAGAGAACGGAAGAAGAGCAUAAGAGGGGAACUGAAGCAACGUCAAAAUGGAGAAGGAAAUCCAGUGUUUACGAAGAUGCCAGUUCCCCUGAAAUUCCAGUCCAAGAAGAAAGUUACAAAAGAAAUAAGAUAAUUUUCAGUCUGUGUGCCAGAAUCUUAACUGGGAACUCAAGCUUUAGCUCACAUCAGAGAAUACAAAAUCAGGAAAAUCAUUUGGAAGGGUCAGAAUAUCGGAAGAGCUUCAGCCUGGGCCAAAACCUUCUUAUACAUGAGAAACUCCACACCCAAGAGAUGCCACAUGGACACUCACAGUGUGAAAAAGGUCAGAAUAUGGACUACCUAAUUCAAGAACAAAGAGGGCACACAGGUGAGAAACCUAAUCGAUGUCCAGAUGGCAGAAAGAGCUUCAGCUGUAGCUCAACCCUUCCUUCCCAACAUAGAGGAGAGAAAUCUUAUAACUGUUCAGAUUGCGGAAAGCUCUUCAGAUAUAGGUCCCCCCUUACUUCCCAUCAAAGAAUCCACACAGGAGAGAAACCAUAUCAAUGUUCAGAGUGUGGAAAGAGCUUCUGUCAAAAGAGCUAUCUUAAUAACCAUCAAAGAAUCCACACAGGGGAGAAACCACAUCAAUGCUCAGAAUGUGGAAAGAGCUUCUGUCAAAUGCGCUAUCUUACUAAACAUAAAAGAAUCCACACAGGGCAGAAACCAUAUCAAUGCUCAGAAUGUGUAAAGAGCUUCCAUCUAAAGGUCCUUCUUACUAACCAUCAAAGCAUCCACACAGGGAAAAAACCAUAUCAAUGCUCAGAGUGUGGAAAGAGCUUCCGUCUAAAGUACCACCUUACUAACCAUCAAAUAAUUCACACAGGGAAGAAACCAUACAAAUGUUCAGAAUGUGGAAAGAGCUUCAGUCAAAAGUACCUCCUUACUAACCAUCAAAUAAUUCACACAGGGAAGAAACCGUACAAAUGUUCAGAAUGUGGAAAGAGCUUCAGCCAAAAGAACUAUCUUAAUAACCAUCAAAGAAUCCACUGUCUUACUGACUAUCAAAGAAUCCACACAGGGAAGAAACCAUAUCAAUGCUCAGAGUGUGGAAAGAGCUUUCUUCUGAAGGCCCAGCUGACUAGCCAUCAAAGAACCCACUUAGAGGGCGAGAAACUGUAUAAAUGCUUCGAAUGUGGAAAGAAGUUCCGUCAUAAAUUGACCCUCACUAACCAUCAAAGAAUCCACACAGGGGAGAAACCAUAUAAAUGCUUAGAAUGUGGGACAAGCUUUACUGCCUAUUCAGGCCUUGCUUAUCAUCACAGAAUCCACACAGGGGAGAAACCAUAUACAUGUUUAGAAUGUGGAAAGAGCUUCGUUCAGAAGAGCCACCUUUCUCACCAUCAAAGAAUCCACACAGGGGAGAAACCUUAUCAAUGCUCAGUAUGUGGAAAGAGCUUCAGUCAGAAGGCAAGCCUCACUAACCAUCAAAGAACCCACACAGGGGAGAAAUCAUUUACGUGCUUGGAGCGUGGGAAGAGCUUCAGUAAAAAGGCCAACCUUGCUUCUCAUCAGAAAACAUACACAAGAGAGAAGCCAUAAAUAUGCUCAAGAGUGUGGAAAGAGAUUCACCUAGUGUGACAGCCCUAUCAGAGAAUGUGCAGGCUAGAAACUAUAUAAACACUUAGAAAAGAUAAAGAGCUUUAGUCGACAAUGUACUCAAACUAUCCAUUAUAGAACUCAUAUGGGAAAAAAUACUUGGGGUGUGGAGUGAGUUUCAGUCAGAAUAUGCAGCUUACAUCCUAUUAAAGCCCUAUAUCAGUGAGAGCUUCUAUUAAUUUCUGGUAACUGAAAAUUGCUUUUUUGGGCAAUUAAAAUUUAUGAGACAUCACACGAGUCACGCAAGGGAAAUGAAUGCUUCAAAGACUGGACCCUUUUUUGAUACAUCAAAGAAGGAAGAAACCAUAUACAUGAUUCGAGCUUCAAGCAUACGAGCGCUGAUCAGAAAGAAUCCUGACAUUUUUGCCAUUAUCUCCUUUCGCAAAAAUGGACGAUAUUUUGGUGGCCCCCUGCAACUCUUUGGCUAAAGAAAGUGGAUGUGGCAGAAUGGAAGAACCUCUGCUUUGCAUGCAGAAUAUCUCUGGCAUCUCCUGUCAAAAGCAAGAGGCAGUAGACAAGGUGAAAGACCUGCACCUCAGACCCCGGACAGCCUCUGCCGGUUGGAGCACACAAUACUGACCUUGGUGGAUGGAUGGUCUGAUUCGGUAGAUUCGGUAGAAAGCAGGUUCACAUGCAUUCAUGUCAACAGCAGAUGAGUGGCCCUGCCACAUAGUCAUUAUUCUUAUCAUAUCUAUGCAUGUUAAUCUUUAUUUGAUGUAGUUUCAUAAUCCUCGUAAGGUUCAGCAGCCAGUCAGGAAAAGCACAGGACGACCUCUUAGCCUGAUUGUUGAGUAUGUAGCUGAAGAAACACCAGAAGUAUUGUUUUUCUUCUUUACAAACAAGUACCACGUUUAGCCUUAUAACUUUGCUUUGAGAAUUUAAGGAGCGUUUCCAAGAUACCUCAGCGCACCUGUUGCUUACCUUUGUGGAUGAAUCAUUUUAUUUAGAAAAUAAAUCACUUGUUAACAUUGGAAAGAUUCAUCUGUCCCUGUCACUUGCUCUGUAAAAUGUGUAAUGUAAGGUGUUAAUCACCUGGAUAGCCCAGGCAAACCAAAUCUUAUCUGAUUUUGGAAGCUAAGCAGAGUCAAACUUGGUUAGUAAUUGGAUGGGAGACCUCCAACAAAUAACAACAACAACAGCAUUUGAUUUGUAUGCUGCCAUUCAGAACAAUUUAAUUCCCACUCAGACUGGUUUGCAUAGUAUGUCAUUAUUACCCCCACAACAAACACCCUGUGAGACGGGUGAGGCUGAGAGAGCUCCAGAGAACUGUGACUAGCCCAAGGUCACCCACUUGGCUUCAAGUUGAGGAGUGGGGAAUCAAACCCGGCUCUCCAAAGACGAGUGUUGCAGAGGGA